AUGGCCCCGAAAUCCCAGCGCGCGACCUCCCGACCCAGGCCUCGUAGGCCUUUCUUCAUAUUCCCACUCCUACUCCUAGCAUUGGCGGGAAUAUGCGUUUUGGGCACGCUCGCACUCACAAACGCCCAAAAAAUGUCCUACUUCCUACGCCCCCUCUGGGACAAACCCCCGCCCCCUUUCCGCCACAUCAUCCCCCAUUACUACGCGGAGAACGUCUCCACCGACUACCUCUGCCGCCUCCACGGGUGGUCCCCGCGCCCCAACCCCCGCCGCGUCUUCGACGCCAUCAUCUUCAGCAACGAGCUCGACCUCCUCGACAUCCGCUGGCACGAGCUCCGCCCUUACGUCGCCAAAUUCGUCCUCCUCGAGGCCAACACCACCUUCACCGGCAUCCCCAAACCCCUCUACUUCUCCCGCAACCUCAAACGCUUCUCCAAAAAUUUCGACAAUUUCGUCCACGGCGUUUUCCCGGGUCGGGUCAAGUCGGGCGACGACCCGUUUCGUCUCGAGUCCGACCAGCGCGUGGCCAUGAACGAGCUGCUGCGCCGAGCUGGGAUUUCGGACGGCGACCUCUUAAUCAUGUCGGAUGCGGACGAAAUCCCGAGCCCACACACGGUGAAGCUCCUCCAGUGGUGCGAUGGUUUCCCGCCAGUUUUGCAUCUCCAGCUCAGAAACUACAUGUACUCGUUCGAGUUUCCUGUGGACUACAGCAGCUGGCGGGCCUCGGUGCAUGUGUACGGGCGAGGGACUCAGUACCGGCAUUCGAGGCAGGGGGACGUGAUUUUGUCGGACGCUGGCUGGCACUGCAGCUUCUGCUUUCGGUAUCUGAGGGAUUUUGUGUUGAAGAUGACGGGGUACAGUCAUGCGGAUCGGGUGAGGAGGAAGGAGUUUCUGAGGUAUUCGAGGAUUCAGAAGGUGAUAUGCAGUGGGGAGGACUUGUACGAUAUGCUUCCUGAGGAGUACACGUUUAGGGAUUUGAUUAAGAAGAUGGGGCCUAUUCCAAGCUCGGCCUCGGCUGUUCAUGUCCCGGCUUACUUGAUUCAGAAUGCGGAUAGGUUUAAGUUUCUUCUGCCUGGAGGUUGUAUGCGUUCGCCCGGAUCGGGUUCUUUUGAUUUUGACGUGGUAGCCCAACCAAUUCGAGUCGCGGGCAAGGCGCUCGCAGUCGGAAAUGGGCAGGGCGAAGACGAACAAGAAUGCAAGCAACUCGUGAUUCCUGUUAGAGGUCUCAGACUCGAGGUCGAGGAAGGCAAUGGAAAGCAAGAUCUUGCAGGCCCCUUAGGCAACGACGAUGACGGAUCUGUUGCCAUCAAAGUCGCAGGUAAAAGCUCUGAGGCCGGUCAAGGCAAAGAGUCUGGAAGGGGAGGAGCUAGUCAGUUGAAUCUCGUUGGGAGGACUAACCUCAAAUGCAACAAGCCGAGAUAG